CAUCUGGACUGUACCAUACGAGAAUAAGUGUUGUACCAAUAUUUAUAAUAAGACCAAGUAUUGUUAUUAAAUUUGGUGCUAGCCAUAUUGGCACUUUACUAACAAGCCAAUUCCACCAUGGUUGUAAAUAUUCAUCUAAUAUACUUGAACUUGAACAGCUGUAUUUAUGCUCUGAUAAUCUUUUUAAUUGUCCAGGUGAUAAUAUUUUAUCUUUAUAAAAUUGCAUCAUUUUAAUUAUUAAUUAAUUUAUAAAAAAAAAUUUUUAUUUAUUAUAUAACAAUAACACUUUAAAUAAUAUAGUUUUUAUUUAAUUUUUUUUUUGUUUUAUUAUUUUUAAAUUGUCAUUUAUUGAUUCGUCACGAGAAUCAAAAAUACACACAUCACAUUAACAUUUAUAUAUAGUUAUUUAAUAUUUUUUUUUUGUCGUUUUAUGUUAGGUAUAUAUUUUUUUUUAUUGUUUUUAUUGGCAUGUAAUUAUAUUUAUGUUAAUUGACAUUUGAUUUUUUUUUUUUUUUUUUAUAAAUACCUAUUGCUCUUUUUUUUUUUAAAUAUAUAUACUGUCACUUUGUUUAUGUAUUUGUUUGUUUAUUUAUUUUUAUUGUUAAUGUAAGAGUCGAAUGAUUAUACCGCGUGUAUUGGAGGAAUCAAUCAAUCAAUCAGUCCAAGAAUCGUAUGAUUCGUUCGGUUAUCAAAACAGAUAUAAAAAAAAAAAAAAAAAAUAGAGUAAAAGAUGACGCGUGCGCAUUUUUUUUUUUUUUUUAAUUACACGUAUAAAAAAAAUCAACCUAACUUGACCUGACCUAGCUUGAUAUUACAAGAAAGCUUUGCCAACUUAAAAAUAAAAAUGCUGUUCAAUGCUGCCAUUUGAAAGAAAACAAACAUCAGAAUUGUUCAGAAUUGAUUGCAAAAUGGACACUAACACAGAAUUACCAACAAAACUUCCAGCAGUUCCUGAAGCUGUUUUGAAAAGGAGGAUUCGUCGGAAUAAGUACAAAUCCACAAGAAUUCAAGUUUCCUUAAAGGCAAGAGCAGCCAAUUACAAAAAAAAAGCUCCACACUUCAAACGUGCGGAAGCUUUUGUCAAAGAAUUCCGGCUGAAAGAACGAGACAGCCGGAGGAUAAAAAACCAGGUCAAAGUCAGACCGAAUUAUCACAACACUGGUGAUAAUCGUGUUGCAUUUGUCAUCAGAACAAAAGGAGAAAGUAAAAUGGCAUCAGUUGUCAAUAAUAUUCUCAAUCGUCUUAAACUGAAUGUAAUCAACAGUGGAAGAUUUGUAUUAUUAACAAAAGCCAAUGUAAACAUGCUACGUGUUGUUGAGCCAUAUGUUACCUGGGGAUGUCCAGAUCUCAAGUCUGUUCGUGAUCUUAUUUUUAAACGAGGUUUUGCAAAUGUUGAUAAAAAACGUUUACCAAUUAAUGGAAACACUCUUAUUGAAGAAAAACUUGGUCAAUUUGGCAUCAUAUGUAUUGAAGAUUUGGUUCAUGAAAUAUUUACUGUUGGUAGUAAUUUCCAAAAAGUCAACACUUUCUUGUGGCCAUUUAGGUUAAACACACCAACAAAUGGCUGGAGAGAAAAGCUCAAACACUUUAAUAAAGGUGGACGUUAUGGUGAUCGAGGAGAUGAAAUAAAUGAACUUAUUUCAAGAAUGGUUUAAAUUACAUUAAUAAUAACUAUUAAAAUAACUAUUUGUAUUAACUUUAUAAAUUAGUAAUCAUUCAAUUAUUUUU